CCUGAGUGCACGGAGUCGCAAGGAGUGUUUUUGGUGUAGGUUGGGUUUCCCGCAACUCCAACCCGAUACAACAGCAUACUAACAGAAAAAAAAGUGUUGAAAGGGCCAUAGAAAAAGCGAAGAGUUUGAUCCUAAGUCAACGUGCCGCUGCAUCGUCGUACUGUGUCGAAUCGUCCAGUGAAUCAUCGUUUCCCGGGAAAGUCAGAGACAGAGUCGAGACACUGGUAAGUACGUUGUUACCUUUUAGGGAAAAGAUCUGGUAAAGCAUUUUGCUAGAAUUCAUGAGAAUUUAAGUCUUAGUGUUACAUAAAACUGAAGCAUUUCCAAGCAGCAAGAUCCCCCCCUCCCAGUUCCAUUACCCCUCCCUGCUAGGUGAUGUUAUUACAAUCGAACCAAAAAUUGUGGAUGGUUUCAUAAUGAACGUUCUGCAACUUGUUAAUUUCGAUUCCGUGUACUGUUAAUCACUGUAAGAGGACAAAGAAAGCUACUUUUGUUUUAUCAUACACGAGAGAGUUGAAAAAUCAGAAAUGGACAGUGAGUACAUGCCUGGGGGGGGGGGGGGCACAGUCUAAUAUGGCCUAUACCGGAUGUGCCGCUGGAUAGGGUAUGGUUUUUGUUCUCUCUGUUCUCAACAGGAUAUGUCAUUUUGCACAAGUCUGUCCUAAUGGUAAACAGAAACUAUACCUUAUUAAAAUAACUUCUGUGACAAAAUUUUGCGAUUUAAACAAAACCCGAUUUUUUUACAAUUUUUUGAAAAUGUUCAAAUUUGCCGCCAUUUUACACACCAUUCGUCUUAGUCUUCUCUCGGAGUAUGACGUACUUUAAGGAACACGUGACCUUAUCGACAGGAAAACAUUAAGAGUUCUGAUAGGUUUUUCUUUUUCAGAAAAACUUUCUUCUUACGAAGACAUUGUGAUUCAAUCCUUACUUGAAAUUUAUCUAAGUUUUUGUGUACAGCUGGUGAAGGCAAGGUAAUGCGAGUUCCUUAAUUUACGUCACAUGACGUCAUAUGUGAGCUUGCUAGUUUGCAUGAUCAGCAGUGCGAGUGUAACGCAAAAAUUGUAAAAAAAUCGGCUUUUGUUCAAAUCGCAAAAUUUUUUCGCAGAAGUUAUUUUAAUAAUGUAUAGUUUCAGAUAUGAAAAUAAGAAAAAUUUAGGUGAUGGGCACUUUAAAUGUAUUUGUGCUCCAAGUAUACAAAAGCAAUGACUAUAACGUGAAUGUUCUUAAUUGCAAUUGCCAAUUAAUGACUUUAAAACAAGACGGCGUUCAUUUUGUCCUUUGUCCUAAAACAGGGUAAUAAAAUUGAGGGUGUUGUCCUAAACAAGGUUUGUAUGUUGAGAUUUUGUUUUUUGUCCUGAAAUUUAGAAAAGGGUCAGGGUUUCAAACUGUUAUCUUGAAUUUAAUAAGCUUCCAUGAGUUUCUGUAUCCAAAAACAUUUUGAUGUCCUAUUUCCUUCUUUAUUACCAUACAGCUGUGAGUUAUGGGGUGCCCACUGCAAUACUGAACCUAAGAAAUAAGAAAAUCAUGCCAUCAAAAAAUUCACACCCAAUUUUACAAACAUUUUGCUUGCCUGAAUAGAAGAACUACAAACGUUGUAUCUCAUAAUGAAGCUGGCAAACUUUCAGUAGAAUCUAACAUUAAUGAAAAUAUUAUAAAGUUUUGGUUUUGGUUUUGGUUUUGGUCUUCCUGAUGCCAGUAUUGCAAAACAAUGCCUUUUACUUGUAAAUCAACUAGCAAAGACUGGAAAAUUGUCUUUCAUGUUCUCCCUUAAUGAAAGAGUCUAUAAUAUUCGUGUACAUGUAGAACCAACAUUACAACAGUUACCAAUCACACGCCCCCUUGAAGGGUUCAGUCAAUGGUUUCAUGGUAUUUACACUUUCUCCUCUCAUAAAUUCUGCAAAGACAUGCAAGAAUAUUCUUAUCUGGAUUCUACACUAAGCUAGUUCUACAGCUUACAAACUUCAUUUUAACUCAAUGUUCACUUUUCGAAGAAAGCCUCCAUAAUUAAUCAGAGGAAACUUUUUCUCUUCUUGGUUACACCUUAUUUAUUUCAUUUCUUUGAAUUACUCCUUGGCAAUUUGCCCACAGCUCCCUUGUUCUCUUAUGAUGGAAUAUACAACUUAAAAACGUUUUCUACAGAAAGUUUUUCAGUUACUUCACUCAGCCUGCACAGACUGUUAAGGUUGUUUUAACAGUGUUAUCCUUCAUGUCAACGAAUUUGAAAACACCCCAGAAAUGUUGUCAUUCAAAAUAAUAUUAUUGCCAGUUGUCGCUGUCAAAGUGGAAUGAUGAGAGAGGCAGACAACCUUCUCUGGUAUAGUGCAUCAAAAUACCAUGGAAACUGUUGAUUGACGUCUGAGAGAAAAAAACCUUUCAAGGGUGUGUUACUGCAGGGCUCUGUGAUUAACUUGAAAUUUUCCAAUAAGGAAAUGCUAAUAAAACUACCUGUAAGUUGUAGCAUUUAAAAAAAAUGCACUUAACAUUUAAAUACAGUGAAACCUGUAUUAAGCGGACACCAUAUUAAGCAGACACCCUCUAUUAAGCGGACAGUAGCCGAAGUCCCAAAAUUUAUUUCCCUUGUUUACUUUAAAUGAAACCUUUAUUAAGCAGACACCUCUAUUAAGUGGACGCAGACACCUAAAAAGUACCUGAAAUAGUCAUUUCUAUUGUUGCCAACCUGUAUGAAACGGACACGUAAUCAAAUUUCACUACCCAACAUGCCAGACACCGGAAAUGCAAAAGAUUACCUCGAAUUGCCACCCACAACUUUUUCCAUUUUUACAUUAAAAACGUGACUUGACGAACUUAUUUGAUUAGUUUCACAGUACAGUGUUGUUUUCUAUUUCGUUUUGUUUGUAUAGAGCUUGUUUCACUUAUCUGAUUUCUUCAAAUUUGAGUUACAAUCUAUGUUUAUGGUACUAUGAUCAAUUGGUCCACUUUGAUAAAGUAAUUACUGCAAACGUAUAUCGUCAAAGUCUCUGGGAGUAUUCUUAACAUUUCCACUGUUCAUUUGAAUGGCAUUUGACAUCUCAUAUGACGUUAUCUAUCGAAACCUGUAUUAGGCGGACACCCUGUAUUAAGCGGACACUACAGCAUUCCCCGAGGGUGUCCGCUUAAUACAGGUUUCACUGUAUCUGAAAAAUAUAAUAAUACUGUAUGACACCAAUCACGGUUGUGACAGAAGCCAUAUUCCCCAUUGUAUUCUUGUCCUGGGCUCCCACAUUCUCAAAAGUAAGAGCUGAAAUAAGAUUGAGAAAAUGCCCAUUUUGGCAUUAUGUUAAUAAAAAUAUCAUCCCCCAUUCAGUAUCACUUCUGUAGUUAUAGUUAAUUUAAUUUGGCUAAUAUUUCAUGCCACUGACAUUAACAUUUUGGGCUUUAUAACGCACUUAAAAGUAAGAAUAUCAUAGCACAUAACAGUUCCCCAUCUGGGCCCCCUUAAAUAAAACUGAAGUAAGGGUUUGAAAAAUCUACACAGUUUAACAGCUUGGGUUUGCCUCUAAAAGGCAGUUCAACAAAAAAUAAUAAUUUGAAACUGUGUCAAAUAUUUGGAAGAUGCUAAAUGCCACUGAAGAGUGUAAAAAGCAAGUAGUUUCUGUUCUCUCUCUUUCUUUUUUAUGUAUCUUUAUUUAUUUAUUUUAAUAAAUUUUUUUUCGGGGGUGGGGGGGGGCUUUAAUAACCAAGCUUAAUCGUCUGGCGUGAAUUUGAUGACAUUUGUUAUUGAAAUUGAAAAGGGCAGACAUACAUUGCCAAAAACUCCAGAAAAUCUUUGAAUUUGCCCAAUCUGCCAUUUAAAUGAAGUUGAACACGAAUUACACUUUCUAUUCAAUUGUAAUCUUUACGACGGUCUACUCUUCGAUCUAACUUUUACAGAAAAAUUAGUAAUAGAUAUCCCCUUUUUAACCCUCUUCAUAUUUAACAAUAUCGAUCCUAUAUCUAUACAGACUUACAGCUGCUUACAUACAUGUACAUUCAUGUAUGGAAUAUAGACAAAAACUUGUUCUUUAAUUAUAGCCUUUAUUUUGAUUUAAGAUUUGUAACAUAUAUAAUGUAGGUAAUACCAUGUACUCACGUGGGGAUACUGAAAUAAAAUAAGUUGUUGCCGUUGUUGUAUUGAGUGAAUCGUCAAGUCAGCAUAGCAGCAUUAAGUUUGUCAGUUCAACAAGUUUUCUCCAUUGCCACACUAAGAUAUAAAAACUCGAUAACAAUAUUAUGUGUUGCUUGAAAAUUUGAAAUCCAUUGCACAUUUUUCCCAUACAUUUCACAAAUAGCAGAAGUUUUUCUCGUCAGUAAUCCCAGACGAUUCUUUAUAGGUGCACAGUGCCAAAUGACCAUGCAUAUGCAUGCAUCAUUUUUUUCAGUGCAAAAACAAACCUUAGGGAAAACUCAGGGAUACACUACAGUCUUUUUUAAUAACAAAAUACAAUACAUGAAAAAUAACAGUCACUAAAGGGUAAUAUCUAGUAUACAAAUGGUACAACAAAGAAAAAGAACCAAAAAGAGAAAGAAAAAAACAACUAAUAUUUAUUGCCUCUUUUGAACCAUGUUAUUUUUUUUCUAUGUCAUUAAUUACUGAACUCCUUUUUUCCCCAGACAUGAUGAUUGCCUGCGGGGCAAUAGCAGUUGCAGUUGCUGGAAUAUUGUUUACCACACUCUGGAUUAAGUUUUGUGGUAGGAAAGAUAGCUUCCCGAAACACUAUUCACAUGAUAAUGGACGUCCUAUUGAUUCAACAGAGGAGAUUUGGAGAAUAGCUCAUGACAGAAAUGAAGAUAUUAUUGCCAAUGUUCUGGUGUUGAGAUCCAAAAAACCAAUAAAAGCAACUGACGUGAAAAAUGCAAUGAGACUCCUCACAAAGAGACACCCCAUGCUGCGCAUGCAUCUUAGAAAGAAUCAAGAUGGAGUUUACUGUUUUCAGAAAAUGGACAAAGUUGAUGUUGACAUGAGGCAGCUGGAUAUUAAGGACUGGCAAAAUGUUAUGGAGGAAAGUUUGUUAGAGAAAUUUGAUUCAGAGAAUGGUCCCCUUUGGAGGGUGACAUUCUUGCCAAAUGCUAGGUACAAACCAGCCACUAGAGGUGAUGUCAAGGAUAUGACAUCAUACCCUAAUGAGUGCAUUUGUAUAUUUGGUUUCCAUCAUAUUAUAAUAGAUGGGCCAUCGUUUACAAGAAUGUUUGCAGAAUUCAUUAGCUAUGUGAACAAGUUAAGUAACAACGAAGAACCCAAAGUAUCUUCAAUGGCAUUGCUACCACCAUUUUCUGUGUACAUACAUGAAGCUGUUAAGAGCAGAUGGUACCAUCACCUACUGGCAGCAGCUAUGGACAUGUUGAGCUUAAUACCCGGCUUUCCUGCCUUUAUGAUGGUUGCAGUGGUAGGGAUUAGUGGAAAAGGAAAUGUCUUCACUAGAAAACAUGGAGUUGAGGUGCAAAGAAAUCCUCAAAUUCAACCAAGGACCAAGAUUAUUCCUUUAGAGUUCUCAAAAGAGGAAACAUCAGGCCUGUUAAAGAAGUGCAAAAAGCAUCAAACAACAGUGCAAGGCGCAGUUCAGACAGCAGGUUGUGUUGCAAUGACAUCUCUGCUAGAGGAGAAUGAGUGUGAAAUAGAAUGUGGAAUAACAGUGAAUGCUAGGCGAUUCUUCAAGUCCACAGUGCCAAAUGAGUAUGCAGGGCCAUAUGUAACCAGCAUUCAAUGUAAAAACACUGUUGACACUUCCCUUGAGCAUGAAAAAUUCUGGGAAAGGGCAAAGAGUGUCUCUGAAGAUAUCCAUGGCAGGCUGAAGAAGAAUGAACACAUAGAAAUGGCCCUAAUGUUUUACUGCAUGGCUCCAGUGCUCAGGCAGUAUUUUUCUAAGUCAGCUAAAAGGGACAAUGAGCAUGGUAACCGUUUCAGGCACCUGAUGGUCUACACUAAUCUAGGUUACUGUAAAUUUCUGGAUGGAUCUCCAAAUGAUGAUGUCAUUCUACGAGCCAGCUUCGGCUGCACUGCUGAACACGAACGAGGAAGCAUAUUUGCUAAUAAUAUUGCCACAUUUAAUGAUCAACUGUUCUGGACAGUUGUAUAUUACAGCAACAUAACAAGUGAACCUACGGCCCAGAAAUAUGCUGAUUUAGUCAAAGAAGCUAUUUUUAAGGCAGUUAAGGGUUAA